AUGGCCACGUCAGAGAGAAUAGCAGCUCUUUCAGACACAGUCAGAGUCACAGAGGAGCAGCUGAGAGCCAAAGAUGUCUCAUUCCUGAUCAGCUACAAGGCUGCAGUGGAAAGAGUCCAGCAGCGCCCCCUGCUGGAUGAUCCACAGCUGCUCUCAGGAGCUCUGAUAGACGAGGCCAAACACCUGGGCAACCUGAGCUUCAACAUCUGGAACAAGAUGAAGGACGAGGUCUCCUACACUCCUGUGAUCCUGGACCCAAACACUGCUAUGUCAGACUUCAUCCUGUCUGAUGAACUGACCAGUGUGAGAAAACUAAAGAGAUGGGGAGGGAAACUGCAACUUCCUGGUAAUCCUGAGAGGUUGGAUUGUGACUACAAAGGUGUCCUGGGCUCUGAGGGCUUUGACUCAGGGACUCACAGCUGGGAUGUCAAGGUCGGAAACAGUACAUUCUGGGAACUGGGUGUGUUAGCAGAGUCUGUCCAGAGGAAGGGAGACAUUCAGUCUGGAAUAUGGAGCAUAGUGUUCAAAGAAGGUGAAUACUCAGCACGGUCACUACCAGAUCCAGAAACCGAUCUCGAGCCGGACACGCCGCCCCGGAGGAUCCGAGUGACUCUGGACUGGGACGGAGGAAAGCUGUCGUUCUAUGAUCUUUGUACUAACACACACAUACACACCUUCACACACACUUUCACUGAGAAGCUGUUUCCAUUGAUUGACACUGAGGAGCACAUAUUUGUUUUACCACUGAAGGUCUGUGUGACUGUAGAACAGAUUAAUGAUUAUGAUGGUCAUGGUGGUUAUGAGGAUUAUGAUGGUAAUGAGGAUGGUGGUGAUGAUGAUGAUGAUUAUCAUUUAAUUAUGGGUUAAAAAAAGAGAAAGGUAGAGAGAAGGGGAAUGACAUGCAACAAAGGGCCGCAGGUCGUAGUCAAACCUGAAACCGCUGCGUCGAGGAGUAAACCUCUAUACAUGGGCAUCCGCUCCACCAGAAGAGCUAACCAGGGGCCCAGACAUCAGAAAUACAGAAUAACAAUUGGCCCGAUUUUUAUGUAACUUGGUGGAGUGUAGCAUGGACUGAGAAAAACCCAUUACAUUUUGAUCUGAAUCACGGGGCGGAUACACAAAUUAUUUCUGCAUUAACAUUGCGAGCUACAGUGUUUUUGUUGCAUUCAGGUGGUGUAGGAAUUAUUGGAAAAACUAGUUCCUGACUGGGACUAAACUUAUAAAGAAAUACUUAGUGUCGAUUGUUGCUAAGUUAUUCAUCUUGGCAACAAGAUAUGUGGAGUUCCCCAAGGCUCAAGCCUCGGCCCGCUUAUUUUACAUUUACAUGCUUCCAUUAGGCCAAAUUAUACAAACCAACAUCAACUAUGCAGACGACAAAUUUGGCUCUUUAAGGAUAAGGUUGUUUUUGUUAAUGUCAAAGUUUAUUCUUUUGAACAGACCUAUCAGUACAUUCAUUGAGUUUAGAAGAUAUGCUUGCUCUUGGGGGAAUUAUUGGAAUUGUUGGGUCUAUGUAAAUUAUAGAGUGUGGUCUAGACUUAUUCUAUCUGUAAAGUGAGAGAUAACUCCUGUUAUGAUUUCAUACUAUUACAAUACAAUUGAAUUGAAAAUAAAGAUAUAUUCAGUUGUACAGUUAUAUUCUCUUGGUUUUUAUUUUCUUAAUCUCUUGGCAGUUUAAUGACCUGUUGUGUGUUGUGUUGUACUUUGUCUCAAUAUUUUAAUGUUUAAUGUAACAUAAAACAUAGCAUUUUAAAUGGCCUUGUUGUUGAAAUGUGCCUGGCCAUGUUCCAAAUUUUGUGUUUAUUUAGUAACAUGUUUCAGAUAUCUAUUACCAAUGUAACAUAAUCAGAAUUAAUAACUCCUGUUUCUGAAUUAUAAUACCUGUCAAUGAAGCUGUGAUUGGUUUACCAUUAGAUCAUUGACUAUACCUUUAACACCCUGCAGUGUUAUCUUAAAAGUUUCUACAUACCAGUAAAACUACUCUGUAUCUCACUCUGUUAACAUGUCAACAAACCACAUGGCUCCACAACACA